UUCAUUUCUCCCUAAUAAAUUAAAAGCCCAUCUUAAAAAAGAUAACCAAGUAGCAAACUUUGCCAUCAUCCCUCCUCUCUUUAUCUCUCUCUCUUCUCUCCCUCUCAUUCUGAAAUAGAUGAAGUAGAGAAGUUAAUGUUCACCAAACUUACUGUAAAGUCUGAAACUCUUUCUUCCUCCUUCUUCUUCUUCUUCUUCUUCUUUGCUUCAUUCAAGUAAGUCUCCUCUGCUUUCUGAAAAUCUUCUCUCUGCAUAGUUGGUCUUCCUUGUAUAGCAAAUAGCCAAUAAGAAAAGGAGACUUCUUUCUCUCAAAAAGCAUAUUUUGUGUUUCCUCUCAGAAAAUAUUAAAAACGUUCAAGAAACCAGAGGAUUUGUCUCAGAUCUAGUAACAACAGUAAGAUAUAUUUGAAUUUUCGUUACUAGUUGCAAGAGACAAAAAAUGAGUAAAGAAGAGUUUAUGAAGAUCCAGACUUGUGUUCUCAAAGUGAACAUUCACUGUGAUGGUUGUAAGCAGAAAGUGAAGAAAAUCUUGCAGAAAAUUGAAGGUGUUUUCACGACAAAGAUAGACGCAGAGCAAGGGAAAGUGACUGUAUCUGGAAACGUAGACCCGGCAGUGCUAAUCAAGAAGCUCUUGAAGUCUGGUAAACAUGCCGAAGUCUGGGGAGGAGCUCCAAAGGCGAAUAACAACAACAAUCAGAACCAACCCAACUUGGUCAAUCAGUUCAAAGGCAUGCAGAUUGAUCACGGCGGCAAAGGCGGUGGUGGUAAUCCCCCCGGUGGUAAUAAUAACAACAAAGGCCCAAAGAACGGUGGUGGUGGUGGCGGAGGCGGUGGUGGUGGGCCACCGAAGAUGGUUCUUCCGCAGCUAACUCCACAGCAGAUGCAGCAGUUGAAUCCUCAGCAGCUACAACAACUUCAGCAGCUACAACAACUUCAAGAUCUGAAGCUUCCUCCUCAGUUAAAGGGUGGUCCGGGUCCAGGUCCUGGACCUGUUCCUAUGAACAAGAAUCCUCAGAUGCCUGUUAAUCCUAAUCAGAAGGCUGUGAAGUUCAAUGUUCCUGAAGAUGAUGAUGAGGAGGAUGAUUUCAGUGACGAGUUCGAUGAUGAGUUUGAUGAAGAUGACGACGAGUUUGAUGAUGAUCUGGAGGAUGAUGAGUUUGACGACCACCCACCUCCGCCUAACAAGAUGAAGCCUAUGAUGGGUGGUGGUGGCGGUGGACCUGGACCUGGUGGUAACAUGAUGAUGCCUAACAUGAUGAUGCCUAACGCUCAGCAGAUGUUAAACGCUCAUAAAAACGGCGGUGGUGGUCCUGGACCCGCCGGUGGUAAAAUUGAGGGUAAAGGUAUGCCUUUCCCUGCUCAAAUGGCUGGCGGUGGCGGAGGAAACGGUAGUAAGAAGGGCGGUCCCGGUGGAGGAGGCGGUGGCGGUGGUAAUAUGGUUAACCAGAACCAAGGCGGAGGGAAGAACGGUGGUAAAGGCGGCGGUGGUGGACAUCCCUUAGAUGGAAAAAUGGUCGGAGGUGGCGGCGGCGGUCCUAACGGUAACAAAGGAGGUGGGGGAGGCCAGAUGAAUGCUGGCCCUAACGGUGGUAAAAAGGGCGGUGGAGGCGGCGGAGGAGGACCCAUGAGUGGAGGACUCCCGCCGGGUUUCCGUCCAAUGGGAGGCGGUGGUGGCGGUGGAGGACCUCCGGCCAUGAGUAUGCCAAUGGGCGGUGCAAUGGGUGGCCCAAUGGGCGGAGCAAUGGGUAGUCUACCACAAAUGGGCGGUGGUCCUGGUCCUGGUCCAAUGGGUAAUAAUAUGCAGGCAGUUCAAGGAUUACCCGCAAUGGGUCCAGGCGGUGGUGGCGGCGGCGGUGCAUCCGGAGGAGCACCACCAGGAUAUUUCCAAGGCCAAGUCCCAGGCAGCGGCGGAGGUGGACAAGACUCAAUGCCGGCGGGAAACCCCUAUUUGCAACAACAGCAACAGCAGCAACAACAACAAUACUUAGCCGCUGUUAUGAACCAGCAAAGAGCCAUGGGCAAUGAGCGGUUCCAGCCGAUGAUGUACGCUCGACCACCGCCAGCUGUAAACUAUAUGCCACCUCAACCGCACCAACAACAUCCAUACCCGUAUCCAUACCCGUAUCCACACCAACACCCGUAUCCGCCUCACAAUGGUGACCAGUAUUCUGAUUACUUCAGUGAUGAGAACACAUCAAGCUGCAAUAUCAUGUGAAUGUGAACAACAACAACAAACAAAAACUUUCCAUAGUUUGUGUCCGGUCUGUGAUUAUACAUGGAAAUGGUUUUUUUUUUUCUUCUUUUUUCAUAAUUAUUGGGGGUUUCUUAGAAUCCUUCUUUUUUUCCUCCAACGGAUCGAUCCUACGUUAUAUUAGGAUUUUUUUUUAAUUUGUGAUAGUUCUUAAGUAAGUUUAUAGAAUCAUAAUAUAAAAUCAAACGAAUAUUAUAUAUUCAGUACUUGUUUAUUUUUUUCUCUGGGUUCUUACUUUCUUAAUGA